AUGUCAUCCAAUUUACGACCUGCUUUAAAAUUAGCCAAAGCGAAAAAUGAGGUAUUUAAGCAGCUUAAAAAGUUGCAAAAACAAAAAAGGAAGCAGAAAAAACAAAAAGAAAUCCCAGAAAAUGUAUCAUUGGAACCAUAUGAAGUCCAACAAGAAAUCAAACAAGGAACAGGAAAAAUUUUAAUUUCAGGGACUACAGUACAUGGGACGGGAACAUUAUUUACAGAAGAAAUUGAGCAAAACGACGAAAUUAUUGUAAGAACUGCUAAUUCAGAAGAAAGAAGAAAAGUUAUACUAGUUUUAAGUGAUAAAUCAGCUUGCCUGAAUGAGCCUUUAAGCCAAGAAUCAAAUAUAGAAUUUUUUAUCCAAAAACCUCCUAUUAAAGUAGAUCCUCGAAAGGAAUAUGAAGAAUCAAAGCCUAAAAAAAAACAAAAAACUGAAGACUCAAAUGCAAAUUACGAAAUAAGGGUAAAACGCGGACCUUGGACCUAUAAAACAGACAACGUUGAAUCAAAUCAGCCUUUAUCACAAGAAGAUUUGCUAAAUAUUAGAGCACAAAGAGUUCGAGACAAGUUCUGCUGGAUGUAA